GUCCGCUUGUACUGGCAGUAUUACAGACAUGGCGCCCAUAAAGAAGCGCACAACAGCGCGAGCAAAGUCAGCGCGCGCAGCCCGCCCAGUGCCAGCUGCACUUCCUAAGCCAGAUGAUUUCGAGAGCGGACUUGCAUCUUCGAAACGGGACAAACAAAAGAUCAAGCACUCCUCGUUUGUCAGUAAGAUCGAAAAGUCAGGCGCAAAAGCACAGAAGCGACGACGACCGAACAAGAAGCUCGUAGCAAACCUCGAAUCACUCGCCGAUGCGCUACCAGGACUCGAGGAAGGAGGUGCAGAUGGUGGAGUGGAGGUUGGACAGGCCAAGAUUCAGCGCAAGAGCUUGAAGUCACGGCCGGGAGCUACGAAAAGGAAGGAGAAGCUGGUGAAAACCGAGAUGGAUCGCUUCAACAAGAAUUUGGCGCAACUGGCAGGUAGUAGUACGGGGGGUGUACAGGAUCGAUGGGCAGCGCUGAAGAGCCAUGUCCAGAACACCAUGGAGGUCAAGCCCGAAUUCGCCCAGAAGUCAGCAUGAAGAGGUGAAUACCGACAUACACAACGAUACCCAAAUAUGAGGAGGGAGACUUGAGCUGCCACGAAAGUCCAGUCUGUUCGAACACCCGAACGCCUUUCGCCACCAAAGCGCGAGUCGCAACAUGGCAGUCCAAUCCGUUGGUGAAGAGCGUAGUAACUGGAUUUGGUGAUUCAUUGGGUGAUGCAUACAAGCGACGAAAGUCGUACCGUUGGAGCGGGUGCUGACUGGAUUAUGUAGACGUCCGCUGCUGCAAGGGCGCCUUUUGAACAUAUGAGAACCUUGACGGAUCAAUUUUGCUGCCAGAUAGUAUGUCAUGAAGCCCAUGAGUUUGAGAGGAGAUCCCACGACAUCAGAAGAGCCGAGUCUAUUCAAAUGCCAUGCUCUCGUAUGCAAUUCGUUUCAAUGUUCCAAUUGUCAUUCCA